GCCAGCGAUGGCGUCUCCGAGCGCUAUGGCUGCGGCAGUGGAUCCCAUUUGGGAGGACGAGGAGGAGGAGGAGGAGGAGGACAUAGAGGAGGUUGAGCAGUUUGUUCUGGUAGAAUUGUCAGGAAUCAUUGAUUCAGAUUUUCUCUCCAAAUGUGAAAAUAAAUGCAAGAUUUUGGGAAUUGACACGGAGAGACCCAUCCUGCAAGUGGACAGCUACGUGUUUGCUGGGGAAUAUGAAGAUACGCUUGGUACCUGCGUGAUAUUUGAAGAAGGUGUUGAACGGGUGGAUCCAGAGGGGACCGAUAAGACGGUGCUGAAGUACAAGUGCCACACGAUGAAGAAGCUGAGCAUGACGAGGACGCUUCUGACAGAAAAGAAGGAAGGAGAAGAAAACAUAGAUGGCGUGGAAUGGCUGCAAAUGAAGGAUAAUGAUUUCUCCUAUAGACCCAACAUGAUUUGCAGCUUUCUCCAUGAACAUGAAGAUGAGGCUGCAGGGCCAGCCUCUGAUAAACCUGUGGAGCUGGAAGACCAAGAGAGUCAGAUGAAAGGCAGUGCAGAGCAGACACAGGAACAGGAGAAGGCGCAGCACUCUGAAGUGGAGGACCCUGCUCCUCCAGGGGAGACCCCUUCUGAGAUGGAAAGUUCUGUUUUCAUGGGAACUCAAGAUGGAAAUGUUUCUCAAAACAACCAGUUGUGAACUUUAAAGAAGUGGUCUUGUAU